AUGUCCACCAAGGCCUCCUGGAAGGUGGCGAACGGCAGACGACUCAACACCUUUGCAGGUGAAGGCACCUUCAUCAGGACGUGCUUGCAGACGGGUGUCCCCGAGGCUCAGUUUUCCUUCCCUGAGUCUGAAGGUAACACGUUGCUUUCUCUUCACAGAUUCUUUCUAAAAUUUUUCCUCAAGUGCAAUCAGAAUUGUUUGAAAACAGCAGGAAACCCGAGGGACAUGAGAAGGUUUCAGGUUGUGUUGUCAACAACGGUGAAUGUGGAUGGACACGUGCUGGCUGUUUCUGACAACAUGUUUGUUCAUAACAACUCCAAGCAUGGACGGCGAGCAAGAAGGCUGGACCCGUCAGAAGCCACCCCCUGCAUCAAAGCCAUUAGCCCAAGUGAAGGCUGGACCACAGGAGGAGCCAUGGUCAUCAUCAUUGGAGACAACUUCUUUGAUGGCCUCCAAGUGGUAUUUGGGACCAUGCUUGUAUGGAGUGAGCUAAUAACUCCUCAUGCCAUCCGCGUGCAGACUCCUCCUCGGCACAUCCCCGGAGUAGUGGAGGUGACACUAUCGUAUAAAUCCAAACAGUUCUGCAAAGGAGCUCCAGGGAGGUUCAUUUACACAGCAUUAAAUGAACCCACCAUAGACUAUGGGUUCCAGAGACUGCAGAAAGUCAUCCCAAGGCACCCGGGGGACCCAGAGAGAUUAGCUAAGGAAAUGCUGCUGAAAAGAGCUGCAGACCUAGUGGAGGCCCUCUAUGGCACACCACACAAUAACCAGGACAUCAUUUUGAAGCGAGCCGCAGACAUCGCGGAGGCCCUGUACAGCGUCCCCAGGAAUCCCAGCCAGAUCCCGGCUCUCUCCAGCUCUCCGGCUCACAGUGGCAUGAUGGGCAUCAAUUCAUACGGGAGCCAGCUUGGCGUCAGCAUCUCAGAGUCAACACAGGGAAAUAACCAAGGAUACAUCCGCAACACCAGCAGCAUCUCCCCCCGCGGCUACUCUUCCAGCUCCACCCCCCAGCAGUCUAACUACAGCACCUCCAGUAACAGCAUGAAUGGCUACAGCAACGUCCCCAUGGCCAACCUGGGCGUCCCAGGGUCACCAGGAUUUUUAAACGGCUCCCCCACAGGCUCCCCGUAUGGAAUCAUGUCUUCAAGUCCUACUGUUGGAUCUUCUAGCACGUCCUCCAUCCUUCCAUUUUCCUCUUCAGUUUUUCCUGCUGUCAAACAGAAGAGUGCCUUUGCCCCUGUCAUCAGGCCACAAGGCUCCCCUUCACCUGCCUGCUCCAGUGGCAAUGGAAAUGGAUUCAGAGCCAUGACUGGACUUGUCGUGCCCCCGAUGUAAAGAAGAACUGCUUUCUUAUAGCACAAAACUACUUACUCUGAUGGACCAAUACUGAAGAAAGCACUAUGAGCUCUUUGGGGAGAGUUGUGCCCCAGAAUGAACAUGGCAGACGAUUUGGGUAUGCAAGGAGCCGCAUCUUACCUGGUCUCCCAUUUCUUGGAUAGCUCUCAUGGUGGCUACACAAACUGACUCUCUUGGGGACAAGGACAAAAGAUGUCAUUGACGUAGUCAGUGCUAAGAGCAGAAAUGCAAUUCUUUGUUAUGAACAUUAUGAAAAUCACCUUCCUAUGUUUGUAAAAUACUUAAGAAAAAAAUUGGCAAACAAUUCAUGCUUAA